AUGGCGCACGCAAAGGACACGUGUCGCCCUUUCGGGUUUUUAGUGUCUCUUUUGGCUGUUUUUCUCGUUUGCUUCCACUUAACCGAAGCGGGAGGAAAAACGCUUGUCCUUUUGGAUAAUUCCAACACAAGAGAGACUCAUUCUAUCUUUUUUAACUCUCUGAAAGGUAAGAACGAAGUUUGGGAACAGCAAGCCACUAAAGAACAAAAGACUGCUCCUCAUCAUAUUAGUUGAGAUCAGUUGAUUUCCUUUCACCUUGCGCAACGUAUUUUUUAAUCUAUGUAAUGCGUCUUUUUUGUUCCCGUAUAAGAACAUACGUGUAUUUUUAGAUCUAUAAUAGUGUAUCCGAGGAUACCAAUGUCUCAAUUUCAUAAUGGUAACAGGACUUAGUGGAGUCUAACUCGGUCUGUAAUCAUACAAGCAAUUAACAAAAUCGGACGACUUUGUAGCGGGAGUCCGAUUUGGUUAAUCUGUCCUAUUAGUGCUGAAUUUAGGAUAGUUGAUAGCCAAUUAGAUUUUGUUUUAUGAUUAAUAAUGGAGUUAGUGGAGUCCAAUUUGGUCUGUAAUCAUAUAAGUCAUUAACAAAUUGGACUCCUGCUGCGCAGACAUCCAAUUUGUUAAUGACUUAUAUGAUUACAGACCAAAUUGGACUGUAAUUUAAUCACUCGUAUGAUUAUAGACCCAAUUGGACAUUCUGUGACCAAUGAAUGAUUUUCGGAGACCCUCGUUAUGCGCACAGGAUUCUGGGAUCACCAGGGGGCAAACAUUGCAAGUCACUACAAAGAAAUGUAUGGCAUAAUGUAGUUUCUCCUUCAAAGGUAGUGCCUUUGGACAUAGAAUAAUGCAUUUUCCUUGUGAUUUUGUCAGAAGCGGAGGUGACUAAUAUUGGUGCGAUAAAGUCUAUCGAUAAACUCAUAAACUUUAUGUUUACUGAAUUUACGCAGUGAUUUACAUGAAGAAAAGGUCUCAAAAUAUAUAGUGCAAAUUGAAUGAAGUAACAAAGUGAUGUUCUCAUGGACUAUAAGAGUGCUCAUACUGUUGAACUAGAGCAGAAUACAAUUGGACUGAUGGAACUGGAUUAAAUCUUAAACAUUUAUUGCUACUCAGAGUUUCAUGCCUCUUGUGUUUUUGGUGAGGAGAAAUUAGCACACUAACGUGGGAAAGAUGUUUUUGUUUUUUGAAUGUUAUAAAUCAAUACCUACCUUCGAUCGUUUCGAUUGUUGUCACAACUGGCACAGCAUUGUGAUUGCCACCAAACUGAGUGUAGUGAAGCCAGGGCUCAACAUUAGCGGCUGCCCGCAUGCGUGGGGUAACUAAAAUAUUAUCCGGGCAACAAAGUCUUCACUGAAAUUUCUGUGAAAGUUGUAGGUUAACAUGACUCAGUAUUUUUGUAUCAAGUCUAUCUUUUGAACUUUCAAAACUGUUUUAUAUUUGUGAAGGUUUGUAUUUAUGUGCAUUGUGCGCGACUGCGUGAAUUAAAAAAGAGAUUGAAAUAUGAUCUUAAAUAGCCGCUGCAAAUCAUUUUCAAAAACUGGAAUGUUUUUGCAAGCCUUUGAUAAAUGUUACCACAAAACGUACAGCAAAAAAUAGGUGUAGAUAAUGCUGAAUAAACGAGAUAGAAAACACUACAAACUUGCAAAGUAAUGUCACGUGUAAUUUGAAACCUCUUGCUUUUCCAAUGAUGGUGACUUCUUUCAGUUUUUACUUCAUGCUAUAGCGACCUAACAUUUCUAAUGCUGGGAGAAAUGUGGUGAGUUUAAUAUCGAAGGUUUUUCUGGAGACUAUUAAAUUCAUUAAUCACAAAUUUACACAGUUGAACCUCCUUCAAGCUCAAGUGAUCAUCCAAAAUGUGAACACAAAUCAAAUCCUUUAUCUCCUAGCCCUAAUUAUUCAUGGAUUAAGGCUAGGAGACAAAGGAAAUUAAGAAUCAACCUUAGUUAAAAAAUUUUGACCUAGAGCAUAAACAUCAGAAACAAGAGGUAACGGAUUGAAAUAUUUGGUAAACAAAUUCAAACUCCUUGACACCCACUUUUCAUGCUCAUAUUAGAUACAUAUCUGUGCAUACCUAUGGAUUUUCCACACGAUAAAAAAUGUAUUGAAAAUCAGGACUAGACCUCCAGGCUGGUUUGCCUACGAACUACUGGGCCCCUGGGCAACCAGGGGCCUGCAGACCUGCUUUUAGAAAAACCCUAUUUUGUUAUUGUAAUAACCAUUUUGAGUGGUUGAAAAGUUUUUGAUCCAAACCGGAAUGUUAUUUACAAUAUAUGUAAUGAUUGCAUGGGAAUUGCAGUUUGCAAUAAAGCUGUAAGCUUUGCCAAAAUGAGUGCUACACUGUAAGUGUAAGAGAACUUGUGUAUUGAACUACCGGUACUUCUUGUUUUCUAGAAAGAGGAUUUGAUCUAGUUUUCCGUGCUGCUGAUGAUUCAAGCCUAACACUUGUCAAAUAUGGAGAAUUCCUGUAUCAGCAUCUAAUCAUCUUCUCCCCAUCUGUGGAAGGUAACCUCUAGUCAAAAUGUUUUGCAUUGGAUGCCUCAUAAAAUAUUGAAGCCACCUGUUCUGUCCUGGUAAAAUCUCCUUAUACGGGGUGGAGUUUGCUUCAUACCCUUCAAACACCUACAGGAGGAAAGCUUUUCAGUGUUACAUACUUUGAGAGGAUGAUUCUUUAGCCUGUUUUACAAGGUUUUAACAUAAUGACAUGGGUGUUGUCAAUAGGAUUUGUAGGGAAUAAAGAACGAGCACUGGAGUGCUUGUAAUGAAUUUAGUUCAUGUUGUUGAACAUAUCCUAUUGCUAUCACUAUAUGCUGUUCUUGUAAAAUAAUCACAGUAUCAUCGUCCUCAAAAGAAUAGAUAUUUGUGUAUUACCUAUGUAAGUCAGUUUACAUACUAUGAUUUGUCAGUCUGAAAAGAUACACAGUGUAUGGCAAACACAAAAUUUUCAACGUACACAAGAUUGGCCUGAUAAGUCAAAGUUUGUAAAUUUGGAGCUGGCAAAUUGGCCAACAAUAAUGGUUUAAGUAAUUCUGGCAUUUACAAUAUAAAUUCACUCUUGAUAAACAAUAAUAGAUUGAAGGCUUGUUUGAUGAGAAUUGUUGAUGUUUUGUUACAUCUUUUCUUAAUUUCAGAAUUUGGUGGAUCUCUUAAUGUAAGAGCCAUAACAGACUUUAUUGAUGGAGGAGGGAAUGUACUAGUUGCUACCAGCUCUGCCAUUGGUUAGUUAACCUCUUUCUUUAGUAGCUAAUCAAAGUCUUCAUUUUGCAAAAAUGAAGCUUAACCAGUUUAGCUGCUGAACACAUGAGGGAAGGUAGUCUUUUCUUAAUCAUAACUGUUGAUGUUUAUCAGGUGACCCUAUCCGUGAACUGGGAAGUGAGUGCGGUGUGGAAUUUGAUGAAGAGAAGACCUCUGUAAUUGAUCACAUCAACCACGAUGUCUCUGAUUUGGACCAGGUAAAACAAUAAUAUUAUAAAUAACUUGAACAUACCACAAUUAGCAGCUGUGAUUUAAAUAAAAUUGGUUGUGAUCUUUAUAUAAUCUUGCUAAUAUCAUGUAAGACAAUGGGGAAUAUAGCUGAUUCAUUAAAGGUUGCUUUUAGCAUUGGGCAUUUGGGCAUGCAGAACAAUACAAUGAUUUGCCUGACUGACCACCAAACAAUAGCUUCCUAGUGCCCAAUUCCCAAUGUCAAAAGCAACUUUUAUUGAAUCAGCUAUACAUUAAGGAAAAGCCUUUUGCCAUUGAAAUAGGCAAAGGUUCCUUUAGUUCUGUUUUUUAGACAAAAGACUGUCAAUGUGAAGAUUUGUUUAGUGUUACUACAGUAGUAACCGGGUACACAAAAAUAUAUUAUGCCGAUUUAUGACUUUUGGGUUUUUUUUAGGCCUGUAAUGAAAAUGGCAACACUUUAUUGAUUCCUGCAAAGAUUGUUUGAAUGUUUAUUUGCAGCACACACUGAUAGUUGCUGACCCUACAAAUGUCAUUAAAGCAAACAAAAUAACGGGACCUCAGUUUACAAAUCCUUUGCUGUUUCAAGGAGUUGGGUGAGUUUAAUUCAGUGACUGGCAAAUUUUUGUGUUAAUCUUUGGUCACUCAGUUUAUGGAACUUUAAGCAUACAUCAGAAUUGUAAAAGUGGGAGUUUAUUAUGAGAGAUCAUCCCCUCUCAACUAAGUUCUUGUUUUUAAGUCAUACAAUAAUUAUUUUUUGUCAAGGUAGAUACUUGUUAACUUAAAAUAACGUUUGAAACAUGUUUAAUUUAAUUUUAAAUUUAUUCUAUGCAAAUGUAAGAAAAUUUCUAACCAAAAAAUAGUAAUAGGAAAAUAAAUUUAUAAAUAAAAACAAUUUUUAGACAGUGAUAAAAAAUGCUUUGUUUUUAGUGCAAGGGCACCUAGCUGUUCAAGCCAGUUUACAGGCACUUAAGCUUCACACAUCAAGUAACCACAAACAGUUAAUAGAACAAAUAGUUGUAAUUUAGCUUAACGUGGUAAAAAACCACAGGCAGUAGGCAAACCAGCUGGCUAACUGUGACUACAAGUUACGCAUGGCUGAGUAGUUGAACUUGAGACAACCAAGAAACAAACCCAGCUAACAAGAAAGAGAUUUGAUCUCUGAUAUUGUACUGACCACUUAGCCAUGCUUCCUCCCUUAUCCUCUUUUAGAGUAGAACCAUCAGGACAAUACUUUGUAAUAUACAUACUGAGAUAUACUCGUUGAAAAGCUGUGUUGUAAAUUUUCAUACGCAAUCAGAGGAGCGAACAGUGUUUAUCACAUGUGAAAAAAGUGAUACAUCCAAUCAGAAUUGCGAAUGAUGUUUUUUUCACAUGUUAAAAAAUGAUACAUCCAAUCAAAAGCUAAAGAGGUGUGUGAGUUUCGUACCAAAAUUCCCACCUUUUGUCGGUGUUAGCAGCUUGCAGCGCCCUUGCAUUUUGAAUUGCUUCAACCACAAUGCAGAGCUUCUCUUAGGCCCGGUUCAGAUGCCGAGCUUUUCAUUGGCCAAUCCUAAUAAGUUGAAUUAAGUACAGAUGAAAACUUCAGCGUCCAAAACAAUUAGGAAUGCAUAUUUCAAUUUGGCUUCCGCCUAGCAUGGCCAGGAACUUAGACUGUGGAAAUGACUUCGAUUGAGACGCCAAGCUUUUCAUGUGCCUAUUAACCUAGUACAUAAAUCAUAGUAACAUAUUUUGCAAUCAGUUUGAUCAAAGUGAGCAUUUUUCUCCUUUUGAAUCUAGUUCAGCUUGAAUUAAGAUCAGCGUCUGAAUCAAUUCAGCCGGUCAAAAUAAUUUAGGUGACCCUAAUUCAAAUUAGGUCCGGCUCAUUUUGACGUCUCAACUGGGCCUUCUAAAAAAGUGAAAAACAUCUCAGAAAUUGGAGUGAAAUAAUUUUGUAUAUUUCAUUGUGGAUGAAGAAAAUUGUGGAGAGCCAGCAAAUCAACAGCAGAAGGGGAAAAAGAGAAUGAAAAGUAAGCUAAUUUAAACCCAUUCGCUCCUGGAGAUUUUGCCGAAAGACGUGGAUCCGCAGGGGUGGUUACAGGCGGUUCAGGGGCAAAUGGGUUAAGUUGUACAUGUACUUUUUAUUGGAGCUGUUUUUUCAAAUUUUCAAAAUGGCCCUUUUUCUCUAAUUCAUUGAUUUUUAUCGAUUGUACAUGGAGAGCAAUAGUUAACAUGACUUGAAAUUCCUGGAUUGCCUCAUAUCCUUACUCUCAGUCUUUAUAAUUUGCGAACAUUUGCUAAUAUAUUUUGUUUCUUUGUCAUUUUGCAGUGUGUAGUGGCAAAUUUUAGCAUUUUGGAAAGAUUUGAAAUAAUUAACCAGCAAAAUGAUGAAUCGUCUCAGUAUGUAUAAUAUAAUAAACACAAUACCACAUGGAAAGUGCUUUGUACGGUAUUUAUGCACUAAUUGUUUUGUAUCAGAAAUUGAACGAACACUUUCCAUGAAGUAUUCUACAUACGUGUAUGUAUGGUUAUUUAAAUGGUUGUUUUGUUAUUAAUUUGUAGAAUGACUGCUGAUCCUGAGAAUCCCUUGGUUCUAGAAGUGCUGACAGCAUCAUCCACAGCUUAUUCCUACUAUCCUGAUGUCAAAAUAUCUGAGGUAUAAAUAAUAAAUACUGAGUAGUGGUAAUUGUUGUGGGGUUUCCUGUGCCAUCUAUCUGUCCAUCCUGUUAAAAAUCAACUUCAAAAGGCAAAAGUAAAAUCCUCCCGGAAUUUGACUUGGUUGUGAAGGAAAGCCAGCUCUCUUGAAAUGGCUGCUGCAGUGUGAAAAUCAAUUAACCCAAUCACUACUGAAUCAGAAGUAAUAGUAAUAAUAAUAACAAUAAAAGCUUUGUUUAUACUGGAGAUAUCUAUCAGCAUUAUACAGUGCUGGUCUUAACAAGAUGUCCAGUAAAUAGAAUUUAUAAUAGUAUUAUUCUAAAUUACAUUUCAAAGGCACUAAAAACUGCAAAGAUAAGACUACUAAAAACUAAUAAUAAAAAUAUUAUGAACCACUAAAAACUAUUGAAAACACUAAAAAUAAAUCCAACUAGUUACACUGUACAGUUAUGAUUACUAAUGUCACUGUCUCUCAGUUGUUUAAAAAGAUUAAAUUUAAAAGAGCCUAUAGAUACUAGUUGUUUUCCUAAGUUCUGUAGGGAGUGAGUUCCAGUCACUUGCACCAGCAAUUUGGAAAGUCUUUCUUCCUGAAGAAGUCUUAGAUUGUGGUACAUCGAGAGUGCCUUGGUUUUGCAGAUUUCUGUUUUGGAGCUCAGCCCUACUGGUUAGGUAACCCUCUAGUUGCUUAGGGCAGUCUUGGUUGUUUACAAUCUUAAAAAUAAAAACUAAUCUGAGGAAUCGUCUCCUAUUGUACAGUGUUAACAGCCCUAGAGUGUUCCUCAUGUAUUGUGUGCAGGUGGCUCUGCUGGCCCUCAGAAUAACCCUCAUGGCUUGGUUUUGAAGUCGUUCGAGUUUAUUUGAUAGGGACUUAUUACAUUCAUGCCAUACGGUAAAUCCUUAAUCAGUCACUAGGAGGUUUGUUUGUUUGUAGAUCCUCAGAAGUAUCUUUGUGUCUAAAAAGCCAGCAAGUCUAUUUAAGAGUGCUAUUUUUGGUGAAAUUCUUUCAAUUAACUGUGAUAUGUGAGGUUCCCAGUUAAGAUGGCUGUCAACAGUCACUCCUAGGUAUUUGAAGGUCUCAACCACAUUGAGCUUAUUGUUAUUUAUGAGUAUGUCGGCACUUGACGUGGGAGCCUUCUUUGCUAUGAUCACUGGUUCUGUUUUUUUCGUGUUCAGUGUCAGGUUUUGUUCCGCAGCCAUGUAGAGAUAUUCUGGAGGUUAGAAUUUAUUUUGAGAACUGCGGUUUCGAGGGUAGGACUCGAAUGAUGAGUUUCAGUGUCGUCAGCAUAAAGAAACACAGAGCUCUCUGGUGUUGUUGACACUACACCAUUGAUGUGUAGACAGAAAAUGGUUGGGCCUAGAUUGGAUCCUUGGGGGACUCAAUGGUAAACAGUUCUCUCAUUUGAGUAAACCUCGUUACGUUGGACAAACUGCUUUAUGUUGGUUAGGUAGCAAUGAAAGCAUGCACGCUUAGCACCAGAGAUUCCGUUUGCUUUGGGUUUUUAGAGUAAUAAUGAGUGAUCAAUGAGACCAAAGGCCUUCUGUAAGUCUAAGAACACAGCUGUAGUGAUCAGCCCUUUAUCCUUUACCCAUCACCAUUCAUCGACCACUUUAAGUAGCAAGGCAAUGGUUGAAGAGUUCUUCGAAUAUUCAAAUUGUUCUUUUGUGAUAAGGCUGGCAUAUGAUUGUAGCUGUUCAUUUGCCAACUGCUCAUGGAUUUUUGACACUACAGGAAGAAUGGAAAUUGGCCUGUAGUUUUCUCUGUCAAAUUUCACCCUGCCCUUGAAUAUUGGUGUGAUUCUUGCAAUUUUAAGCCUGUCUGGAAACACCCCAGAUUUGGAAGAGAGAUUAAUCAAUGGCGUAAGCAGCCUUGAACAAGGACUAGCAGCUGGUAUACCCUCAGCACCUGUGGCUUUGGAUCAUGCAUCUAUUGUUUUAAGCGUUUUGAAGACUUCAUCAACUGAUAGCUUUCUAAAGUUUAAAAUGAGUUUCAGCUUUGUGAGGCUCAUUUUUAUAGGAUUCUUUAGUUUGGUGCUCGUGUUGAAGUAGGUUAGGUACAACAGUGAUGAAGCAGUAAUGUGCCGUAUCAUUAAAUUUCAUGAACAUCCCCCAUCACCCAGGCUCAAGAUCCAAAUUAUAUUAAAUAGCUACUCUAUAUUUGAAAAAUAGCCUAUUAAAAAACUAUUUUUAAAACGCUGGGUAUUAACCCUAGGGAGUUGACUGCUAGGAACUAGGAGGCACACUGAAGUUUCUUUCGUUUUGGGGACGGUAGGGUACAGAGGGUGACUGGGCAUACUGGAGAUCUUCUUUAAUAACGAGCAAUCUACCUCUUCUAAUACGUUAUAUAUGUCAAGGUGGUACGAAAUAUAUUUGCAUUUAAAGCAGCGCUGUAAAAAAUUCUGGACUGUUGUUAAUUCAGGUAUUGAGGUAUAAACUUUCAAAUAAAAUACCAUUUUAACAUGUUUUUCUGGCAUUCCGUUUUGUAAGUUCAGUGGCUCACUGAUACUGAUUCUCUACAAUACAUGAAGUUUUUGCUAUAAAUGCCUUUUAUGAGACUCAAUGCAAAAUAAAACUUCAGUUCUUGAAGUAAGAAUAUACUGUUAGUUGAGAUGAAAACUAUUUACAUACAGUGUGAUUUACUUAAGGAUGGUCGGUUCUAAGUAGUGACCUUUUUCAGUUACAGGAUCAAAUUGAAUUAGAGUUUCAUGUUUUCACUUGUAACUUGCUGGGUGUAUGUGUUGUAGUUAAUUUUAUCUCAGGUAAUUUUUAAUUUUUCUUUUGUUUCAAUUUCAUCAGCAUACAUUACUAGACCAUACCCAGAAACAAAAGAAAAAUACAAAUUACCUUAGGUAAAAAAUUAACUACAACAUAUGGUAAAAUAAAAACAAACCAAGUGAAGCAAUAUUUACUUAAAACAAAUCUUGUAGAUAUCUUUAUUCUUUUCUGUUGUCAGAUCAUUAAUUUUUAACAGAAGCCUAACGGCUUUAUUUUUUUCUUUACAUAGUAUCCUCAUGCUGUUGGUAAGAGUACGCUGUUGAUUGCUGGCCUGCAAGCCAGGAACAAUGCCAGAGUUGUGUUCUCAGGCUCACUGGAUUUCUUCAGUGAUGAGUAAGUUUGCAUUAUUAUAUCCUUUUGAUGGAUCUUUUGAUUAGUUCCUAAGAACAGUGAAAUGCAUUCACAUGCAAAAUAACAAUUCAUACUACAAGAGACAUGAAGAAAGUACAUGUGGUCUGUGUAAGAAGGUAGUGAGAACACUAUUGGAUUUUCACUACCGUUAGACACAGUACUGAUCAAAGUACAUGAUUGUAGUGUGACCAACACUCUCUUAAAACAAGAUUAGGGGAUUUUGUUGCAUUGUGAGCCAUACAAUAGUGGUGUGCUAUUUAAACUGCAUAUCAUGCAGCAUUACAAAUAAUAAUAGAACAAAUUUGACUCUUGUAGUCUGUAAAAUGCACAGCUUACUAAAACCUUUUUCUUAGAAUUUUAUUAGUAGACUCAGAAGUAAGUACCACCUUUUAUAGUGUAGGGCAGAUCACAGAUGAUACAGUGUAAUAAACAGAACUAAAGCAUCAGACUUUGUUAUGGUAUUGACUGUUUCAUAUUCACUUUCACUUUCCUUCAAGGUACUUCAACAGAGCGGUCCAGAGUGCAAAAGCUGGCUCGAAACAGUAAGUGCCUUCUGUUGCUUAGCCUCUGUUGUAACGCAAUGGUCAUGCAGGGCAUAACAAAGUUGAGAGUUUUAGGUAGAUUAGGUGUUCUGACAAAAACAAACGGAGGACUACAAAGUAUCCAGUCAGGCUUAAACCUGUUUCAGAAGUAUUGCUGCCUGUCCUAAAGUAGGGGCUGAAGACAUUAUACACUAUUAAUUUUAUGAGGUGUAAGGUUCAAGAAGUAUGGCAUGGCAGAUACCUGGCCUUAAAUUGCUUGUCUCAAGAUCUGGUGUUAAGCAAGCUAACCUUGACCAAGGCAUAAAUCACCUGACUAACAAUGCCUGAACUUUGCUUGAUAACAGGUUUUCCAAAGCUGGUAACCAGGAGCUUGCUAUUGCAUUAAGUGAAUGGGUAUUUAAGGAGAAUGGUGUCCUUCGCGUCGGAGAGGUUAAACAUCACCGUGCUGGGGAGGUGACACCUCCAGCUGCUUAUACUGUGGAGGAUGAUGUGGUUAGUAGCUAGUUAUACAAGUUGAAACAAUGUAAAAAUGAAACAAGGAUGUUCAUUUGAAGGGCCUGGUAGUGUGCCGUAUCAUUAUUUUAGAAGGCUAUGUUGUCUUUUCAGAUGUUGGUCGAAGUUUAACUUUCUUUCUAAUAGCCUUCUUACGCGGCAUAAAAAUUGAAAGUUUGAACAUGAAACACAUUUUGUUUCCACAUUAACAUCUUGAAGCAUGGUUUGGUGUGAUUAUAAAAUAAUAUAUUUUGUUUCUUAUAAUUAUGUCUAGGUGUACAGCAUCAAGAUUGAGGAGCUGGUAAAUGGAAAGUGGGAAUCAUUCAAGGGAACAGAUGUGCAGCUGGAGUUUUUCAGAAUCGAUCCUUUCAUCAGAAUCACUCUAAACAAGUCCAACGGUACACCAAAAUAAAUUUCUUUAUAAAAGGCAUUUAAGAGGUGCUGUAAGAAAUGAAACAGCUUUGUUUUAAACUAAAUAAAUAUAGCUUUAAUAGUCAUUGAUUUUUCUUGUUGGAGUGAUCAUCAACAGCAAGCAAAAAAGAUCCAAGUGUUACCCAGCCAAUUGUGUUUUUGUCCAUUUAUUUGUUACACUUUUUAACAUACAUACGUAUCUUAAAAGUAACCGUUAGACUUGUUUUUCUGUAGAUGGUCUAUUUGUUGCCAAGUUUAAGCUGCCUGAUGUGUAUGGUGUAUUCCAGUUCAAGGUGGAAUAUAAUCGUGUUGGCUACACCUAUUUACAUAGCAAAACUCAGGUAAUAAGUCCUGUGCCCUGCAUGUCUGUUGCUUCAUUUUUAUAUCUACCUUUACAUGCUCUCACUGCCUUUGUUUCUGGGUAUAAAAAUAUUACUAAUGUAUUAAAAUAACAUUAAAACAAAGAAUGAUAUAAUAAUAAUUUGAACCAACGAUGUUAGAGCAGAGGCUGAGGGGUCAAGGGGUAGCUGCCGCCCCCAUUUUGGAAAUUGUACUUUUUUUUCAUGGGCAAAGCACUUGGGAAUCAGUCAGAACUGCUUGCUUCUCAAAAGUAGCCAGCAUUAAUUUUUUUGGCUGGUGAAAUCCCUUAAUCCAACAAGUGUUUAUUCAAUAAUACAAAACCUUUCAAAAGAAUAUAUUAAAUGUAGUUAUGGCAGAAAUUGUAUACUGAUUUUGUGGAAAUGAUCAAAAUUAAUUUUCUUUUUGUGUUUGGUCAGUUUUAUGACAUCUCUCUAAGUGAUGGUGAACCUGUAAUAGGUUUAACUUCCUGCUCGCAGACUAACAUUUGGUAGUAGUCCUCCUCAAGAAUGUGCAUUAUCACAAUAAUUGUGCACUGAUCUCAGAUUUCUUGAGAUUAUGUUGAUUCUUGUUGUAAUGCGCUGCAUUUUGCUCAGUGGAGCUCUUAAUCAGUGAUCUACAGCAUUGAAGACUUGUUGGUGGACAGCACUUUUGUUAUCCUCAACAUUGGCAAUAAAAUCAUUUUUGACUGUGACAUUGUUAAAAAAUAAACACUUAACAACUGGUCCCCCAGGAAACAGUUCAUUUUGUUUCCCCAAAAUCUCGCCUUGGGAAACAUUGAGAUUUGGGGGAAACAAAAUUAAAAAUUACUGCGGCCUGUUUAGCUCAGUUGGGAGAGUGCUGGUCUGCUGAGCAGGAGGUCACGGGUUCAAACCCCGGCCGGACCAACAUGCAGGGUCUUUGAAUAACUGAGCCCUGAAGAAAGUGCUAUCCUUGUAAUGUCAUCUGCAGACAGACUUUCUCCUCUUUCUUGUCUUCUCAGAUAAGGACAAAAAACCGGAGGUUCUGUCUCACAGCACUUUCACUUAUCUGGUUCUUGUGGGACAUAAAAGAGCCCACACCACUGUUUGAAAAAAGUAGGGGACAUAGACCCAGGUGGUGUGGCCAAUCUUUCCUGGGCUGGGUGGGUUAUCUGCUAGGAGAGAUCUCAAUAUAGGGAUAACCUCAUGAUCAUUCUUCAGGGGUUGUAAUCAUGGCUAUCUGUAAACAGUGUGUGUAUGUAUGUAACUGUUUCCUGAGGGACCAGUCUUUAAGUGAUUUGUGAUACAGCUGGAAAUUUGACGUUUGAAAUAUCCUAAACCUUGCUGCAAUGGCAGUCGUUGGUCAACAUUAGCGGGUAACAGUGCACUGUUACCCUCUGACGUCAUAGAUUAUGCAGUGUUGCCUGCACAGAGAUUUUGGUGGGAAAGAGUUUCAUUGUUAGAUAUCAUGUGACCUCAAAGUAAAAAUUUCCAGCUAUUAUUGACGUUUACUGUCUAGUACAUUGCAUUGUUUUCUUUUGAUGUUAUCUAAGUUCUGCCGGUUGUCUCUUUGUUUAUAGGUGUCUGUACGUCCAAGAGAGCACACACAGUAUGAAAGAUUCAUUCCUUCAGCUUAUCCUUACUACGCCAGUGCCUUUUCUAUGAUGCUGGGAUUGUUUAUCUUCAGUUUAGUAUUCCUGCAUCAUAAAGAUGAGGCAAAAUCCAAGGCAGAAUAGCCAGCCUUGCAUGCACAGUUUUCACUUUGCCAUAGUUUAGUAGUAUC